AUGUCAGAUGAUGUAACUUUUGAUGCUAUCCCAGAAGAAAAUCCAGAAAGCAAUGAUUUUCAGGGAUGCGUAGCUUCAAGACAAAGAUCUCCAGAAGUCUCAGACAACCAAGAAAUUGAUGUCAACCAGAAGAUGCUUAAUCUGAAAGUGUCAGAUGAAAAGAAGAAUGUACCGAUACAACCAAUGAAUGAUUUUGAUGCUGAUGAAUAUACGCCAUAUAAUGACUGGUUUCCUCCAGAUCUAAGAAAGAAGUUAAACAUAGCCAUUAUGCAUGCUGAUAAAGACAAAGAUGAAGCAGAUGACGUGAGGAUGUUAAUAGAAAAGAAUGUUCAACUGACGAUAGAUAGAAAAUGUUUCAGGCCAAGAGUGGAAUUACUGAGCAAUGUUUCUUCAAGUAUGAAAGAUGACCCACUUGAUACUGUCUUGAAAGAGGCUGAUUUUCUGUUUGUCUACGUUACAAAUAAUUUUACAAACUGUGAUUGGUCUAAAUAUCAGGGUAUGUCAAGUUUGAAGGUUAUAAUGGCAGGAGAUAAACAGUGUACUUUGAUGUGUAUACACACUGAUCAUUCUAGUAUCAACAACUUGCCAGCAACAUUGAAUAACGCACCUCGAUUAGAAUAUUUUCUAGGGAAACCGAAACAGUUUUUAGAAGAUAUAGAAAGGCAAUUAUAUAAGAAAAGUGACAAAAUAUUAACGCAUAGAAGUGAACAAAUUGAAAGAAGAAGGUUACAUUUCCAAAAAUAUUCUCACAACUGGUCACUAAAUCAUGAAUCAGGCACAAACAGAGGCCCAAACCUUCUUCAGGAGACGAAGUCAUCAAAAGAUGGUGCUGCUGGAUACGAUAGCAGCAACAAGUCAAUGAAACCACAGCCGGAUUAUCCGAAAGUCAAGAAACCCAGCAAUGCGGUCAACAACAACUUAUUGAGAUGA